AAUCUCUAUAAACUUGCCACCUUUCCGUCGGGCACACACAAGCUCCAAUCCCAGUUCUACAGUUUUCUCAUGAAAAAAUGAAAGCCUUGGAAAUUCUCUUCUCUUCCUUCCUGCUCUUCUUCUUCCUCAGACCUGCUGGAGCCUGCCAGAAUCACUGCUCGCUCGACGGGCCAGAGGUCCACUUUCCUUUCUACAUCAACGGCUCUUCCAGCGGUGGCUGUGGGUUCAACCAGGGCUUUGGCCUCACCUGCAACAACAGCCAACCAGUCCUCAAGCUUCCAUCGGCCGGAGAUUUCAUCGUCCAGUCAAUAAGAUACGACAUACAAAGGAUAUGGAUCAAGGAUCCAGACAAUUGCAUUCCGAAACGAUUGCUGAACUUCAGCCUUUCGGAUUCUCCAUUCCAAGAAGCUCCACGUCGACAAAGGUACCUCAGGCUACUCAGCUGCUACAUGGAUAACUCGACUGAGUUCUCGAAGAAAUUCAAGCUCUGGUCCAACACUUGCGUUAAUGAAACCAACCACGCAAUUGUUGCCGUCGAUGAUGAAUGGAGAAAUAUGGAAGUUUCAUUUCCUUAUGAUUUGCGUAGACAGUGCCAAGAAAUUAAGACAGUUUCAGUUUCCGUUUCGCGGUUUGACUCUCUUGAGCUAAAAUGGGAUGAACCCAAUUGCGGAGCCUGUGAACAAGAAGGAGGAACUUGCGGAUUCAAAAGGGGUACGGACUCUGGGAUCGAAUGCUCUAAGGCAAGCAGCCAUGGUCUUCCAAGGAGUGCAAAGUACGGACUGAUAAUAGGCAUUGGAAUACCUGGGCUCUUAUGCCUUAUUGGGAUUUCAUGUUGCAUCUGCGGCCGGAUCCGGACUUAUGCACGGCGACGCCACCACUCGGAUACCGACUUUGCGAUCUCGAUUGGGCCCCUGCCCGCCGUGGUUGUGAUGGGCCUCGAUGGGCCGACCAUCGAAUCUUACCCGAAAACAGUGCUGGGUGAGAGUAUGCGCCUGCCCAAGCCCAGUGAUGGCACUUGCCCAAUCUGCCUGUCCGAGUACCAGCCCAAAGACACCAUCAGGACCAUCCCGGAAUGCAACCAUUGUUUCCAUGUUGAUUGCGUGGAUGAAUGGCUAAAGAUGAACCCCACUUGCCCCGUUUGCAGGAAUUCACCGGACGCAUCAUCGUUGGGGACACCGUGCUCAUCGGUAUCAUCAUCUGCAGUGUUAUCAUCAUCGCCAUCAUCAACAUCAUUGUCAUAGACCAUUUUUUGGCUUUUCUUUUUGUAUAUGUAUAUGGUAUUAUGUUUGACAGAAGGAACUAAGACAUGGUUGAUGGAAUAGGCUUUAGAUCAAACAUGAGAAACCGAAAGAAUAUGGAGUUGAGUUGGGGUGGAGCCUGCUGGUUCUUUCCACUUUGCCUCACAACUUUGAUUUGUUUGUCAAUACAAAUUGCAGUUAUGGGCCCAUUAUGCUUUGGGGGUUCUAUACACCUAAAUUUUGUACAAUGGCAUUGCAGGAAUGGUUAAUUUCAUAUGUGGCUGUGCCGAUUGGAUGA